AUGUCGAAGUACGGCUGCCCAACCUCUGAUACCGAUGCUAGCUCGGUGACGGUGCUCACCAAGAGGGGUCCUGUCGCAAAAACUUUGAAGUCCGCUUCGGUUCGUCAUUUUUUUUUUUCAGUUUCAAGGUUAUUCAUGAAGUUUCAGGCUGUGAAUGCUGCCAAGAGAAGCGGCCUGGCCGUUGAAACCGAAAAGAAAAUGAUGGCUGGUGGCAACCGUCAGCAUACAUCCAACAAGGAUACUGCCAGGUUUUUAAUUCUAAAUGUAACUGGUAAAAUGAAAUUUUUCAGGCUAGACGAAGAAACUGAGCUCCUUCACCAUGACCGGGUCUCGCUUUCUCUUGGAAAAGUGAUGCAACAGGCUCGGCAGACGAAAGAGUGGACCCAGAAGGAUUUGUCGACGGUAAAAUUAGAAAGUAAUUGAAGUUCAAAUUUUUUCAAUUUUCAGGCCAUCAACGAAAAACCACAAGUGGUGUCCGAGUACGAGAGUGGUAAGGCUGUGCCGAAUCAGCAAAUUCUUAAUAAAAUGGAGAGGGCUCUUGGGGUGAGACAUUCAAUCAUUUUUUCAAUUUAUGAAGGAAGUUUCGUAGCUUAAAAAUGCGCAGGAAGUUCUAUAAUAACCCUGUCAACACAAUAUCUUACAUUUGUUCCUUUGAUGAAUGAUUUGAAAACUAUUUUUGAAUCAAAAACGUUUUUUGAAGUGUUAAAAGGCGCAGAGAGGUGAAAUGACUUCUGAAAAGGCUCUUCGCCUCAAAACCUUUGUUAAUUUUUUCCAUGCUCCUUCAAAAAAAUGGUUUAUAUUUCUUGUUUUUCAAUAAAAGUUUUUUCAGGUGAAACUCCGUGGAAAGGACAUGGGCCAGCCUCUCUCGGCUCCAAAGAAGAAGUAG